AUGAAGCUCCAUCGCGUUAUACUGAACAUACUGGUUUGGGCAAACAUCGCAGCAGCCACCGACAAUGGACUCCAAAGUGUGGUUACGUGGGAUAAUGGUAGUCUUCUCAUCGACGGCCAGAGAGUUAUAAUAAUGAGUGGAGAAUUCCAUUACCAACGCCUCCCGGUCCCCGAAUUAUGGCUUGAUGUUUUUCAGAAAUUCAAAGCGAAUGGUAUGAAUGCUGUCAGUAUCUACUUUUUUUGGUCAUAUCAUUCGGCGGCAAAGGGACAGUACGAUUUCACUACGCCGGCGAAGGAUAUCCAGCGAAUGUUCGACCUGGCGAGAGAGGCGGGGCUGUAUGUGAUUGCGCGACCUGGACCGUACUGCAAUGCUGAAACAAACGGUGGAGGGUUCGCACUUUGGACGAGUGAUGGUAGUGGAGGUAAAUAUCGAACCAGCGAUGAGACUUAUCGCAGAGCGUGGUCUGAAUGGAUCACGGAAGUAGGCACGAUAAUUGCAAAAAACCAGAUCACCAAUGGAGGACCCGUAAUCCUCGCGCAAGUGGAGAAUGAACUGCAGCAGACAAAGUACGAUCCACAAGAUACACUAGUAAUAUACAUGGAGCAGCUGAAGAAGGCGUUUCAUGAUGCAGGUAUAGUGGUUCCUAUCACCCACAACGAAAAGGGAAUGAGGUCAAAAAGUUGGUCAUCUGACUACAAGAAUGUGGGUGGAGCUGUGGAUAUUUAUGGCUUGGACAACUAUCCUGGAGGAAUGAGCUGCUCUAAUCCAGAUACUGGUUUUAACUUGCCGAGAACCUAUUACCAAUGGUUCCAAGAAGUAUCCUUCACACAGCCAGAAUACUUGCCUGAGUUCGAGGGUGGAUGGUUCCAGCCAUGGAACGGCUAUUUCUACGAUCAAUGCCAGGCAGAACAAAGUCCCGAGUUCGCGGACGUUUUCUACAAAGGAGUGAUUGCACAACGUGUCACACUACUUAACAUAUACAUGGCUUUCGGUGGGACCAACUGGGGCCACAGCGCAGCGCCGGUUGUCUACACGUCGUACGAUUACGAUGCUCCGCUUCGAGAGACUCGCGAGGUUCGUGACAAGUUUAAGCAGUUCAAGUUAUUGGCACUUUUUACCCGUGUCAGUAAGGGUCUCCACAACACUAUCAUGGAGAGCAACGGCACCCAAAAUGCUGUUGAUAGUUCCGCAAUCUGGACUUGGGCGCUCAAAAGUCGUGACACCACAUCUAGAUUCUACCUCGCUGAGAACAAUAACACCAGAUCGAGGGCAAAGACAAACUUUGCUAUCACUGUUAGUACUUCAUUGGGCAAAGUCUCCAUCCCCACCAUGCAACUAGAUGGUCGGCAAAGUAGGUGGGUGGUCACAGAUUAUGAUAUUGGCAACGAAACAUUACUUUACUCGUCGGCCGAAAUUAUUACCUACGGAACUUUCGAUAAAUCUGUUCUUGUCUUCUACCUCCGAGAGGGACAGAUUGGUGAAUUUGCUUUCAAGGCGAGUGGUGCAAAUGUCACCUUCGAGACAUACGGAUCCGCAAGUGACCUCAGAAGAUCAGACGUCACAGGGACGACGAGACACACGAAAUUUGUCUAUACGCAAGGCAGAGGUGCAAGCAUGGUGCAAUUAUCUAACGGAGUAUUGGCAUAUCUACUCGACAUUCCCUCAGCAUACACCUUUUUUGCCCCAUCAACAUCUCCCAACCCCAAUGUCCAGGCCGAACAACAGGUAUUCGUGCUAGGUCCAUCUUUAGUUCGGGCGGCUGAAGUCACUCAUAAUAAACUUUCACUUGUCGGCGAUACAUCAAAAACAACGACGAUAGAGGUCUAUGCUGGCUCCAAUAUCACGACUUUGCUCUGGAACAAUGUUUCGAUACCGUUUCAGCGUACAAAGUACAACUCCCUCACAGCAUCGAUACAGGGCCCGCAAUCAAGCACGAUAAAACUCCCAGAGCUAACCAACUUCAGAUCCGCUGAUUCACUCUUGGAAAUUCACCCAAACUACACAGACACGCAUUGGAUCAUCGCAAACAAAACGACAACCCCGAGUCCAGUUACACCUCUCACCCUGCCCGUUCUCUUUAGCAGCGACUACGGCUUCUACGUUGGCGCAAAAAUCUAUCGUGGACAUUUCUCCGGCAAGGGUGCUAUGUCGCUCAAUUUGACUGUACAGGGCGGAUCAGCUGCUGGAUGGAAUGCAUGGCUAAACGGCAGACCUUUGGGGCAUCAUCCUGGAGAUGCAACACAAUCAGCCACCACCGCCGUGCUUGCCUUCAAGGGACAUGCGCUCAAUGAAAAAGACAAUGUAAUUACCAUCUUGACAGACUACACAGGCCAUGAUCAAACGAGCGUAAGACCCGCUGGUGCCGAGAAUCCAAGGGGAAUACUGGGUGCACAGUUACUUGGGGCGAACAAUGAGAAGCUCAAUUUCGACAUCUGGAGGAUCCAGGGAAACGCGGGCGGAAGCAAUAAUCUCGAUCCCGUAAGAGGACCAAUGAAUGAGGGGGGUUUGUAUGGCGAGAGAUUGGGGUGGCAUCUUCCCGGUUUCGAUACCUCCAAGUGGGAGAAGCGUAGCCCACUAACGGAUGGGGUCAAUGGUGUAGGUGUGCAGUGGUACGCAACUACCUUUGGGCUCGAUAUUGACGGAAGUCUCGAUGUGCCAAUUGGAAUCGAGAUCGGAGCAAGCCCAGGCACGGUUGCCAGGGUUUUGAUCUUUGUGAAUGGAUACCAGUACGGGAAAUUCCUCCCACAUAUUGGCCCUCAAACACGAUUCCCAAUACCUCCGGGGAUCCUCAAUACGCAAGGCUUGAAUACUUUGUCUAUUGCUCUGUGGUCGCAAGCAGAUACUGGUGCAAAAUUGAACACUUUGCAGUUGAUUGAAUAUGCGAAGUUCAGGAGUGGGUUCGGCUUUGGCAACAUUGACACGAACAUAUUGCAGCCAGGCUGGAAAGAUAGAUCCAACUACGCAUAA